GCAGAAAUUCUCAGAAACGGAAGAAUGCUGGCCAAAACAGGGAGUUGUUAUAUUUGACAUGAAUUUUGUCUCAAACUCAAAGUGAAAUAAUGACCACCUUCUUUACUUAUUAAUUUAAAAUAUUGCUUUUCUUUUAAAGAAAAGGCGUAAAUAUGUUAUUGACCCAACGGUAUGGUAGAAAAUGUUUGCGAUUUGAGUCCACGGUAUAUUUAGUAAUGUAUGCAAUGACGUCAGAAUAUAAAAUGUACCCGCCAUAACAGUUGCCUCGAUUUCAGUGUUUGUUCACUGAGCUUCUUGUUGAGUACUCUGAGUGUGUGUAGGAUUGUUGCGAAGUUAGCAAGAUGGCAUCAAGUAAAGUUUAUGUUGGAGGUCUGCCAUGGAGAUGCAGUGCUGAUGAUUUGAGACAAGUAUGUUCAAAGUUUGGUGUAGUGGAAGAUGCAUUUAUUGUAAUGGACAAAACUGGGGCUGCUCCAAGAUCAAAGGGGUUUGGCUUUGUCACAUUUUCUGAUGCCAAUGAUGCUGCUACUUGUCUUAGAAGCUUAAAUGGAUCUGAAUAUGGUGGUAGAGUUCUCAAAGUUGGUAUGGCUCACAAAGAAACAGGUGGCGGAAACGGGGCAGCCUAUGGUAGACAACAAAGAGGAUAUGGGGCUGGCGCUUAUGGUGGUGGUGGCUAUGGUAGAGGGAACUAUGGCAGUAAUUAUAAUUUCAGUGGUGACUAUAGUCAGCUAGGGGCACAAAGUGGUGGAUAUGGCACCAGUUAUGAUAACUUUUUACAAUCUGAUGGUUAUUCAGGAAGCUACAGUGGACCUAGCUUCAGCAAUGGAAGCUAUGACCAGUACGCACAAGAUAAUGUAGCAUAUGGUAGUACAAACAGAGGUUUUGGUGGCAAUAACCAGUAUGGUGGAUACAGUAGCUUUGGCUUUGGAGGAGCUGGCUAUUAAACCGCUGUCUUUCUUCGUUCAGUUCAUCAGAAAAUUUGGAUCAAGAUGUGAUUAUCUAGAAAAGAUGAAAGCAGAUUGUUCUAGAACAUAGAAAUCUUUGUUGCACUCUCAGAACCUUCAGACAAGGAUAGUGCUUAUUUUAAUAUGCUUUAAUCCGUAGUUGUAGGAUGUUGACAUGUACAGUUUUAGCACAGAAAAUAUUGAUUGUUUAAAUUGUUACUUUAGCUUUUUCAAAAGCUUUUGAUGGGAUUGUGCCUGGAAUUUCAAAAGUACUUCAUCAUCUGAUAAAUGCUUUUUGAUAAGGCCUUUUAAUUCAAAGGUUCAUUUCUUCUGGUUUCUGGACUGGCACAAUUCCUUCUGUCUGUUGUUUUUAAUAAUGAUGAGCUUGUAGUAGAUUGAUAGAUUGUUUGGUUGGAUAUGAUAUGAUGUCAUUUUACUAUUUCCUUGAUCGGUUUUGGAACUGCUUGUUUGCAUGAAAUAUGUGUAGUAGAUUUUGAAAUAAGUUGUAGUUCUCUGGUUACUUCGACAUUAAAAUAAUACUUUCCCCGUUCACCCUAUCUUUUGAUUUGCUAUUUCUUUGUUAAUGGUUUUAGCCAAGUAGGAAAUAAUUUGAUUAUUAGGUUCUUGCUAAAAAUUACUCCUCGCUCCUUGUUGUAUCACGUGUUUGUUAUUUGGAUGACUGACUUAUAAUCUUUUUACUUAGGUAGUUUUCACAUUCCCUGCAAUUAACAAUGGACUUUGAAUUAAUCUUUUUACUUAGGUAGUUUUCCCAUUCCCUGCAAUCAACAUUUACUAAUUUUUUAGCAAGAUCUUUCGACUGGUUAACUCAGCUGUAUCACCAUUGCAGAAAAUAUAGUCAUAUUCUAGAAGAAAAAAUAUAUUGUGACUUCCCUUAAAACUGCCUAGCCGAGGUAGUCUCUUUCACCAUACACCUCUUGGCAAUCAUGUUCAAUGUGUUGUAUGUCAGUAUUUUGUUUUAUGUCAGCGAUAUACUUGUUUUAUUUGCUGUUUCGUUGCAUUUUGUGGUAGGAUAUUUAAAAUCUGAUUGUUGGCUUUGAUUUUUAUAGCAUCGUAUAACGAUACAGUUUCUAUGUUUUUAAACUGCACCAAAUAAUACCGUCAGAAGCCUUAUAAAUUACAUGUUUGAGAUUGUAAAUGAAUUUUUACAGAUGACACUAUUAAGCUUUUGUCAUAUAAGAGAAAGUAAUUUGGAUGAUUUUGUCCAGCUAAAAUUCAUUAUCUCCUCUAUUUAACUUUUUACGCUCGCUAGAACUUCUCUAUUGUAGACAGAUAACACUUUGCGACUCUAACAUAUUUGCAUUAUUGGAAAUAGAGUUGCGUGAUAGCACCCAUCCAUACAGCCUUCAUUUGUGCCUAACAUUUAAUAACAAUCCCCAAACGCUAAUUUUAUGUAGUUCGUGAAUUAUUACACGCUCGUGACUCAUUUUUAUGAUGCUGAAUUUAUUGCUCUGUGAUUAAUCUGUGUCCUUGUUUUAGAAGACAUUUCAUGAAUAGAAAGUAAAUCCAAAAUAAGGACGAGAUUUUUUACCUUCGAUUGCAGUAUUAUAUUUUUACCUCCAUAGCAAUAGCAGUAUCCGAACACAUGACACAAAUGUAGAUACAUCACUGUUUUUUACAUAGCAUACUUUGUUGUUAAUGUUGCGAGUCAAUCAUGCUGAAUUGCUUUCUCUUUUUCGUCAAGUCUAAGACGAUUUCAACGAUGUAAAAUUGGCGUUUUAGGUUUAUCAAAGACAUUGAAAUUAUAUAUUAAUCCGUCGUUUGAUUGUCUGUUUGUUAUGAUAGCAACGAAAUCUGUUACCCAUUUGAUAUAAGCAGUUGAUCCAAACCAAUAUUGCCUAAUCUACUUUUCAAUUCCAACUUGGUCUUUAUCAAACUUAGACCGUUCCAUCAACAUUCACUUCAAAGUUGAUGUCCCUACUGUUGUGAGAAAUUCCCCAUUUUUUUAAUGGCUCUUUAUGCAUAACUCUAUCAUUUCCGAUCAACUAACUGCUGUGUAUUACAAUAUUCGAGAUUGAAUGAACUUUCUAUUAAGAAACAUGCGGCGUCAAUCUCAUUUAACAUUUUUGCUUGUUUACGAUUUCUCUGAGACAUUAGACAAGGGCUGUUCCCGGGAGCCUUCCGUAUGCAAUUUAGCUCGGUUUUGCCAAUAUGGUUUGGAUCAAUUUCUAGAUUUGGAUUUGGAAGUCUCAACUUUGUUAAUUGAUGUAAGUUUUGUUUCAGUCUUUGCGAGAUGUAAAUAUCGUAUCGAUGCAAGCAUUAUGAUGA